AAAGCACAUCCUUUAGGAUCAUAUAGAGAUGGCAAUUCCAGUGGUGAAUCUUGCAGCUCUUGAUGGGGAGAAGAGGAGAGAAACAAUGUCUCUACUGCAUGAGGCUUGCGCAAAGUGGGGCUUCUUUUGGGUUGAGAACCAUGGAAUUGAUGCGGCUCUGCUGGAGAGGGUGAAGAAAUUUGCGAACGCGCAUUACGAAGAUUUCUUGAAGCAAAAAUUCUACAACUCGGAGUUGGCGAAAGGCCUGGGGCCUCAGACGAAUGCCGCGGAGGUCGACUGGGAGUGUACUUACUAUCUUCAGCAUCAGCCAGUGUGCAAUAUCAAUGAUUUUCCAGAUAUUACAGCCGAAUUCCGCCAAACAAUGGACGAAUACAUAAAACAGCUGGUCAAGGUAGCCGAGAAGCUCGCGGAAAGCCUGAGUGAGAACCUUGGCCUGGAAAUCGACUACCUAAAGAAAACAUUCUCCCCGCCCUUCGUCGGGACGAAGGUCGCAAUCUACCCUCAAUGCCCUGAGCCCGAGUACGUCACGGGCUUCCGCGCCCACACCGAUGCGGGCGGGAUCAUCCUCUUACUCCAAGAUGACACAGUCCCGGGCCUCGAGUUCUUCAAAGACGGGGAAUGGGUCCCCAUAAGUCCUACGAAAGAUAACAGAAUUUUCGUUAACAUUGGAGAUCAGAUAGAGGUGGUGAGUAAUGGCACGUACAAAAGUAUUCUGCACCGCGUGACUGCGCCUAAGGAGGGGAACCGUCUUUCGAUUGCGAUGUUUUACAAUCCCGGGAAUGGUGUGGUCAUUUCGCCAGUACCGAAGCUCUUGUACCCGAGCGGAUACCGGUUCCGGGAGUACCUUGAGUACUAUUUCGGGACGAAGUUCUCGGAUAAAGUGGCCAGGUUCCAGACCCUCAGAGAGGUGUUCAAGUGAGCUCUAAAUCAAAUUGGAAGCUGAUGGUUAUUUGAUAUUGCUUUUAAUGUUGUGCAAUAAGCUCAUUCAUGCUUUGGUUAAUUUGUAAGUGGUUUUUGGUUAAUUUGUAAGAGAAGUGGUUUUGGUCUUGUUAGAAAACUUGUUGUUGUUGUUGUUGUUGUUGUUGUUGCUGUUUUUCUUUUAAGAGGUGUUUUGUUGUUGUGUGAUUUUAUUAAAUAAUACCAUAUUUGGUUUUGUUGUUGGAAAACAAAACACAUUGAAUACAUUUUCUUUGUCAAUUUUCUAUCAA